AUGUUCAAGCUAUUCAGACUGCAGAGCCGCUCGCGCCACGAGACCGCGGUCAAAGAGCAACUGAGAUGUGGGCUCUUGAUCUUGCGACUGGGUGGACAACAAGAUCCCCUCAACAUGACAUCCCUCAUCCCACCACUGUUUUACCGAAUCGGGCAGUAUCAGGAGAUGUACAAUUUCAUUUGUUGGAGACUUCUGAGCGAUACGGCUCCCUCAACCGCACACAUGUAUCUGGGUGAUCGACUUGCUGCCAUGAGACCCCGGCGCUCCCCGAUCCUGCCCGACAUGGCUGAUAUCUUUGAAGAUAUUUCUGUCUUUGGAAGGGUUCAGUUCCCACCUUGGAUACUUCUCAGUCUAUGCCUUCUAAAGAUCAAAAUGUAUCUGGAGCUACGGCAGUUUCACCAGAUUACACAACGUCUCCGUCCAUCUCUUACAAACUUGACAGUCUUGCGGGAUCAUUGCCAGAUCCCUGAAAUUCGGAACAACAGACGCCUUCUGGACCAGGAGAGUUUCAGACAGCUCAUCCUUCAACGCUUGCUCGACAAUAUCCGUCAGCUUAUUGACCGAAUUGAGCUACGUGAUCCUCUGGUGCUUUUACAGCUGGCGAUGGCUGCACGAAAAGGUGGCCCGGGCAGAUGGGACCACAUGAACGAUCUUGAGCAGAAGGCGGUUGGUUUGCUGCACUUCAGAAUGAUUUAUCAGGCCUGGGCUGAAACGCCCCGAUCAAUUUCUGCGCUUGCUGCGAUUGCCUACAGUCGAGAAGAAGAUGAGAAUGAGGAGUUGAUGGUUCCCGCCCAAUGA